AUGGCGGACACGUCGGAAGUUGCCGCUGAGCCGGAUGACGAGACGGAGGGAUUUGAGGCGUCCCCGGAGGCCUUGGCAGCUGCUGGGGCCGCCAUCGAGCAGAUCUUAACGCUUGGAGGGAGGCUCCUGGCAGAGAUUGCCCUGCAUCGCCGUGUCAUCCACAAUGCCUGGGAGUCGACCCGGGAGGUCGCCUGCUCCCGUCUGCAAAUGUGCUUCGUUCCCCACGAGGAGACUUCGGCGGGAGAGGGGCUCUUGAAGCUCGAAGAGGAGCCACC